AUGGACCUGCAACAGAAUAUUUACUGGCAUAAAAAAGGAAUAAAGAUUGAAUUUGAUCAAAUAAGCAGUGAAGAAGUGUGCGCCCCUGAUGUAUCCAAUAUAUUUGCGCCUGGCCCAAGGAUUAAUCCUCCAUUUUCCGUUGAAAUAUUAUCGCAUAAGUUUAAUUAUAUAAAAAACGAUAAUACGACGUACAUUAUAAGAAUAUCCGCAGAUAACCACAGUUGGACAAUAAUUAAAGAGUUCACAGAUAUCCUGGAACUAAUAUCCUUGGUAAAUGAGCACACAGAUAUCCUGGCUAAGCUAAAAAUGAAAGGGUUUAAGUCAAUUGACCCAAAGACAUACCCAAGACGCAAUGACUUAAUUAAGUUCAUAAUACGCGUUCUACUAGAUAACUCAUAUAAAUUCAUACAACAAUUCAUCCUGACAAAUAUCUGCACAGGAGACAUAAGAUUCAGUGAAGAUAAAAUAAGCCUAGUAGAAGCAGGCUGGUUUAAAUGGAAGGGAAGGAGUUUUGUUAAACUGAAUAAUUUAAUAUUCGAGAUAGUACAUGAUACUGUAAGAUAUAUCAACAAAGACAGUAUAAUAAUCAGUGAUAAUACAGUUAUGAUAAAUAAUAGGAAGUUAGUAGCACUAGAUGAUAUAAGUAUAAAGAUAUUAAGGGAGUGGAUAUGGUAA